CAUUAUUGCACAGCAUUAAAGGUGUCCAUGUUUUAUGCUUCAAACGAUUGUUGCAACAGUCUCCGAACUACGAUUUUGGAUGUGAAAUAUUUGGCUGUCCCUUUAACGCCAGGCGUGAGUUGUCGCGUACGUGUGACGUCUCAUGUUCUCACGUGUUGGUAGCCUUUAGCUCAUUUAACUCGGCAGUCUUAAUAUCAGCUGUUUAUUGUUGGAUACUGUCGCAUAUACCGAGAACCAUGGCCUCCAGUGGUCGAAGGCCUGAACAUAUGGCCCCUCCAGAAAUGUUCUACAACGAAGAAGAAGCCAAGAAAUACUCUCAAAACUCUCGGAUGAUUGAGAUCCAAAGCCAGAUGUCAGAAAGAGCUGUAGAGCUUUUGAACCUCCCAGAAGAACAGCCCUGUUUUCUGCUCGAUGUGGGGUGUGGUUCAGGGCUGAGUGGAGACUUUCUGUCAGAGGAAGGACACUCAUGGGUUGGAGUGGACAUCAGCACUGCAAUGUUGGAUGUUGCGCUGGAGAGGGAGGUAGAGGGAGACCUUGUGUUGGGGGACAUGGGCGAAGGGAUGCCUUUCCGACCUGGCACUUUUGAUGGUUGCAUCAGUAUUUCUGCUUUACAGUGGCUCUGCAAUGCCGACAAAAAGACACACAGUCCUCCCAGGCGACUAUACACCUUUUUCAGUACUCUCUAUUCUUGCCUGUCAAGAGGUGCACGUGCAGUAUUUCAGAUUUAUCCCGAGAAUUCUGAACAGCUUGAGCUGAUCACAGCCCAGGCCAUGAGGGCAGGCUUCAGUGGAGGCAUGGUGGUGGACUAUCCCAACAGCAGCAAGGCUAAAAAGUUCUUCCUUUGUCUGUUUGCCGGGGUAACAGGAGUCCUUCCUAAAGGAUUGGGCUCAGAAACUGUAGAGAGAAGCAUUCCAAACCAGGUUCAGUUUUCAGGACAAAGAUCUCGCUUCAAAAACAUGAGGGGGAAGUCUGCAAAGAAGGGAAAAGACUGGAUCUUGGAGAAGAAGGAGAGAAGAAGAAGACAGGGCCGGGAUGUUCGGCCAGACACAAAGUACACUGGACGGCAAAGACGACCCAAUUUCUAAGCCUGGCUUAUUCAGUUAUGCCUUCAUUUGUACAAGUCUGGAAAAUCCCACCGGAUUAUCACCUGUGUAGCCGCAGCGUUUGGACUCGAUCAGUGUUUCCGACGCGAUAGCUCAAGCAGAUGACACGGAAACGGUGAAAUACAAAAUGGGCAGCCUUCAUUCAUUUUUGCAUUUGGUCUAAGCGUUUGCCAGUUCCUCGCAAAUGACUGUUGACAAGAUUUGUACUAUGCUAAUGCUUGGUUGGUUAUAUACAGAGGACUUAAACCCUGGGCUGCCCGCUAGCUGAAGAAGACGAAACAGAAACCCGAAGAACAAAAGGUGGUGACCGUAUCUGUCUGUUCGGGCUGCGGUCAGAGAAUUGGAAAAUCAGCAACAAAUUAUGAGAGGUGAAAAGCUGCUGUGGUUUGAUUAAAUCUUUCAUGUACAGA